ACACCAUCCGCUAUAUAUAUUCCCUUCUCCAAACCAGCAUCCAUUCCUUUUUCUCUCUCCUGUAGCAUAUGUCUCACAGACCUAAUGUCCCUCAUUUUUCUUCUGUAGCCUUCGGUCUCCAUUCCCAUCUCCUGGUUUCCAGUGAGAUGAACCCCAACUGGUCCUCUUUUUCCCAUUGAAGUACCCAACUUUCUUUCUCUAUUGUUUCUUUCUUUUCCCAGGAAAGACAAUCAAAGCCCUUAAUUGUGCCAUUCUUUAGUGAUUUGAUUCUUGGAUAAAGUUUCGAAAAAUGGGUCUCAAAGGUUUUGCUGAAGGAGGCAUAGCUUCAAUUAUUGCUGGGUGCUCCACUCACCCUCUGGACCUCAUUAAGGUCCGCAUGCAACUCCAAGGGGAAACCCACGCGACAAAUCCUGCCGCCGUCCAAACGCUACGGCCGGCUCUCGCUUUCCACACCACCACUCCUGGAACCACCCUUCAUGUGCCUCAACAACCAUUACCCGCUCCAGCACCCCGUGUGGGUCCCAUCGUUGUCGGUGUCCGAAUCGUCCAGCAAGAAGGUGUGGCCGCUCUUUUCUCUGGUGUCUCCGCCACCAUCCUCCGCCAGACACUAUACUCCACCACCCGGAUGGGACUUUACGACAUCUUGAAACAGAAAUGGACGGAUCCACAUACCAAAACUAUGCCUUUAUCGAGCAAGAUAGCUGCCGGACUUAUAGCCGGUGGCAUAGGUGCAGCCGUUGGAAACCCCGCAGACGUUGCUAUGGUCCGCAUGCAGGCGGACGGGCGUCUUCCACCAGCCCAACGCCGGAACUACAAGAGCGUCGUAGACGCAAUCACUCGCAUGGCAAAGCAAGAAGGCAUUACAAGCCUGUGGCGUGGCUCAUCGCUGACGGUGAACCGUGCCAUGCUGGUGACAGCUUCUCAGCUAGCAUCGUACGACCAAUUCAAGGAAAUGAUUUUGGAAAAAAGGUUGAUGAGCGAUGGGCUUGGCACCCACGUGACAGCGAGUUUCGCGGCAGGGUUCGUGGCGGCGGUGGCAUCAAACCCGGUGGACGUGAUAAAGACAAGAGUGAUGAACAUGAAGGUGGAGGCAGGGGAGGCGGCACCGUAUGCAGGGGCGUUGGAUUGCGCAGUGAAGACGGUGAAGGCAGAGGGGCCGAUGGCGCUGUACAAGGGAUUUAUACCAACGAUUUCAAGGCAAGGGCCGUUUACGAUUGUGCUAUUUGUGACCUUGGAACAGGUCAGAAAGCUGCUCAAGAAUUUCUGAUGAUGAUGACGAAAAAAAAAAUUAUGUAUGAGGUUCUAUUAAUUAUGAUCUCUUAAUGCUGAAUUUCAGAA